CCUCUUCUCAACACCCAUCUAUACCUUCUGGAAUUUCACUGCCAUCUCGCCCGCGAGAGAACCGAAAUAAAUAUCCACCGCGCCCCUUCCCCAACGCCGGUAACAAAGAGGCUUGUCCUGAACAGGUGUCACAUCGCGUCGGCCUCCGAGGACGUUAUCUGGUAGAUUGCUAUGGACGAGAGAAUUCCUUUCGAAUUUUAAAUACAUCACAUAUUCCCACUAUUCAACAUGUCGGCGAACGGUACGAAGACGACCAAGGUGUCGAAACCGGCCCAAGUCGCCAAUCCGGCCCCAUCUAGAACCAGCAGGAAACGCAAGAUGGACCCCGACGCUCAGAAAUACUAUGCUGUCCGGGCUGGGUUCAAGCCUGGCGUCUACCUGACCUGGCCCGAGUGCCAGAAGCAGACGGCGGGAUACAGAGACAAGUCCUUCCUAAGUCGAAAAGAUGCCGAAGCGUACGUAGCCGGUAAGAAGACAUCGGUCACCGCACCGGGCGAGGAGCGGUACUAUGCCGUAGCCAUCGGUAGAGAGCCGGGAGUCUACACCGAUUGGGACAAGGCAUCUCUGGCCAUCAAGGGGUGGAAGGGGCCCAAAUAUAAAAGAUUUGACACGCGCGAGGAGGCGAUAGAGUAUAUCCGGAUACACGGAAACGAAGCUGCUCAGGAGGCGUUAUUGCAAUACGGCGGCGAAGUUCCUUCGAAGAAGAGGAAGACGACCAAGAGCAACGGUGCUAGUCUCGUCGCCGAGGACGAGCCGGACGUUCAACAUAUCUACACAGACGGCAGCAGUCUCUCCAACGGCAAACCAGGCGCGGCCGCCGGAGUCGGCGUAUAUUUCGGGAAAGACGACGAAAGGUGAGUGGGGCAAAAAGAAGCCAGAUCUCUCUCGAAGGCAAAAAAUGGCCAAUGCGGGCCCUCCUGACGCGCGACACCUUUUUCUCAGAAACAUAUCGGAGCGCCUUGAGGGCGAUGUGCAGACAAACCAGCGGGCCGAGCUGACGGCGAUCCUCCGCGCGCUCGAGAGCGUGGCUGUCGACCAGAAGGUGCGCAUCUACUCGGACAGCAAGUACUCGCUGAGCUGUGUGACAGAGUGGUACGUCAACUGGCAGAAGAACGGGUGGCGGACGAAGGACGGGCUCGUGAAGAAUAAGGAC